UGUAACCGUCGCCUCCACUGGAAAGGGUGGCAGGAGCGCGGCGCGAUGUCGUUCUCCCAUCUAUCUCAGGCACGGGACACCAACACAUCGAUCAAGGAAGUCGAUGUGCAUCACCCCCGCACUCUCGGUCCAGGAUCGUACGGGAAGCUCAAUGUAUGGGAAGGGAAGCCAGAGACAACGACGCGGCCGAGAACGAGCUUUGGAACGAGCGUGGAAGACGAACACCCCCGUUAUUCCCACAUUGAACGAGACAGCUCCAUCUUGCAAGAUAGCACCCUCCUUGAUGAACACCGCUUGCUGCUAAAGCGCAAUGAAAGAGCAAUUCAUUCUUCGCCCAAGAAAAGCCAAACCAAACAACAAGUGGAGCACACAAACUUCCACACGGACAAAAUGGAGCCGUACAUGAUGAAGUUGCCACAACCGCUGGGAGACAAGCUACGGCAAAAAAGGCUCGACGGCACCACAAAGCAUGAUAUUUAAUCCGUUAAGGCUUUCAGUUCUCUCUCUAAGUUGGCACGGCCGGCCGCGGUCCAUUCGUUUUGGAAACGUGGUGUGAAGUAGAGUUGAUCUCGAUCAAGGAACGAUCGAAGGACAGCCGCACGACCCUGACGGAACUCUGCGUCACCAAAGGCAAUGUACUCCAAGCGAAUGUUCUUGGCAUACUCGUCGUAUAGGACUGUCGAUCGACUCAAUAUGGCCAAGUCCAGGUCAAGAAAGCACCCGACGAUGCGCCGGGUCUCGUCGGAGUGGCACGAUGAAGGUAGUUGAUGGCGAAUCGUGGCUUCAAUCAUGGACUCCACCAAACAAAUGUCUGCAGGGCCGAGAGAAGGAUGGACAUCAUCAAUGAACAAGCGAAAGGAUGCAAUGCUGUCCGCUUCGUUGGACUUGUUUAGCGGGUCAUACACAACAUCAUGAAACACGAUAGCCAGCACAAACAAACUUUCUAAUGACGACAAGGCCAACGUCUCAUGGUGCAGUUGGAACACGUCGUACAUGGAGGCAAUGUGCUCAAGCGCAUGGUAGGCGCGGUGGGGCUCGCAGUAUGCGUCUUGCGCUACUUUCCACCACGCCAUUGAGCUCUCGCCAAAAAGUCGGUACCAUGAUUCUCUUAGUGCCAUCGAGCAAUGCAAAAUUGGAUCCGGCAGCGGAGACGUCAUGUUCAUGGACGAGUUGUCAAAUCGUC